GAAAAUACUAACCUGAAUCCUACAUCCGCUGUAAACAUUUGCAAGCAUGUCGAAGAUGUUCAUGAUGUUGUGACUUUUUUACUGCAUUAAACAACGAAAAUGAGUGGACAGAAGGGCAACAACGACCCUGUCAUACUGGCGACAGCAGGAUACGACCACACUAUACGGUUCUGGCAGGCACACACAGGAAUAUGUUACAGAACUGUCCAGCACCCUGACUCUCAAGUGAAUGCUUUGGAAAUCACUCCUGACAAGCAGAUGAUAGCAGCUGCAGGAUAUCAACACAUACGAAUGUACGACCUGAACUCUGAUAAUCCUAACCCUGUUGUAAACUAUGACGGUAUCCAGAAAAACGUCACCAGUGUCGGCUUCCAUGAGGAGGGAAAAUGGAUGUACACUGGCGGAGAGGACAACACGGUCCGCAUCUGGGAUCUCAGAACAAGGAGUUUGCAGUGUCAAAGAAUAUUUCAGGCCAAUGCUCCAGUAAAUUGUGUGUGUUUACAUCCCAACCAGGGAGAAAUAUUUGUUGGAGAUCAGAAUGGCAAAAUACACAUCUGGGAUCUGAAGACAGAUAGCAGUGAAAAUUUGACUCCAGAAAAGGAUGCUUCCAUUCAAUCCAUCAGUAUAGACCCAAUGGGAACAAUGAUGUCAGCCAUUAACAAUAAGGGAAUGUGCUAUAUAUGGACUCUGUCUGGAGGAAGGGGGACAGAUCCAGUUAAAGUUCACUUAAAAAAUAACUUUGAAGCUCACUCUAAGUAUGGAAUUAAAUGCCUGUUCAGUCCAGAUUCAACGCUACUGGCCACCACAUCUGCUGACCAGACCUGUAAGAUCUGGAGGACAGCUGACCACACACUAAUGACAGAACUCAAGGAGAACACUCAGAGAUGGGUGUGGGACUGUGCCUUCAGUGGGGACUCACAGUACAUCAUAACAGCUUCCUCAGACAACAUGGCUCGCCUGUGGUCGGUGGAGUCGGGGGAUGUGAAGAAGGAAUACAGCGGUCAUCAGAAGGCAGUGGUCUGUCUGGCCUUCAGGGACGAGUUCGUACAAUAACAGGGAGAAACUGUUUAUGUUACAGGACAGUACCAUACUGAAGACUGUGUUGUAAGGAGUGUGUUACCUGGACAUAUGCAAGGAUUUAUAGAUCCUUUAUGAAGUGUACAAGGACAAGACUUGUGUCAAACUAGUUAUUGAUUGUUGAAUGAAUUUUGUUGAAAUAUUUACAUGAAAUAUUAUGGAUGGUAUAUUGUUAUAUGAAAUACAAAUAAACUUGAAAGUGAC